AUGUAUUCUGAUAACUCGGAUGAGCUUGAAAAGCGUCGCCCCAAACGUUUUAGAGCUUUGGAACGCCGCUGGAAAAGGGGCAUUCCACGAAGACGAUGGAUCAACUUGAGAAAGUUCCCCAUGCGCGAAAGAUAUAACACUUCUUCGAGCUUUGUCUUGUUCUCAGAACUCCCUAUCGAGCUAAGAAUCAAGAUCUGGGAGUAUAGCUUUCGCGGCCGCAAUGUUAAAGUCUGUGUGGAUUUUGACAUCUCCGUGGGAUAUGAUUUAGAGCUUCAGAUCGAAUUCCCUAAUGAUCCACCUCGAAUUUUCCAAUGUCGCACAAUCACACCGAGUCCAAUAACUCUUUUCGCCAACCACGAAAGUCGAAUGGAGACACUUAAAUGCUACUCCAACUUCCUGCCAGGUGUCUCCGACUCCCCGAUCUAUUUCAACUACCAGCUAGAUUCCUUUGCUAUUCGUCACUAUUGUUCAGGGCAUAAUAUUCGUGAAUGCGACACCAGGGAGCAACUCUCGUGGGGGAUUAGGCACCUGAUUGAUCUUUCAACGUCGGUACCAUUGAGACCCAUCAGAUCGUUGAAACUUCCGACUUGCUUCAUAUAUGACUAUGGUAUCAUUAAUCCCCCCCGUUCAAAACCACAAGGGGGCACCUAUAGUGCAGUCAUUGAACCGCUUCUGACUGAGUUCGAUUGUUUGCAAGAGAGUAUCAUCAUAAGUGGCAGGCCGCAAAAAGAUUCCGACAGCUCUGGAUUUGACAACUCAACUGAAGUGCAGCAUCUAGAGAAUUGCCUCACUCAUACGUUUGAAGCUGAAAUGGAAAGAAAUUCCUCAUUUCAGAUUCCAGAAGUGACUAUCUCUACCGAACCUUUUCUUCUUCCUAUUUUUUGCGAUGAGAUGGAGCAAGCAAAUGGAUCCCGGGUCUAUGAGAAUUACGAUUUGAAGGAAACUGCAGAUUGGUUUGAUUCCGAAUUUUGA